AUGCGACGCGUCGUUGCCGACCAAUCGGCGGCGUUCCAAUCGGACCACUUCCUCGCGCGUCUCGCCAACUACACCGACGCGCGGUUCGCGUUGUUCGAGCACGCGCCGGCCGCCGAGCGUCGCCAACGAUUCCGCGCGCUCAUUCAACAACACAAACUGCCGCUGACGUUCAUUGAAACCGGCGUCAACGUCCCGCUGGUGCUCGAAACGCAUCAGGACGACGGAAUUGAGAUCGCUUUCCGAUCGGCGGCAUUCAUCUUCAACGGAGUCUGGGUGCGCGUUAUUGGAACGAUGAGCUUGAACUCGCUGGAAGGACCAGUGCGAUUCGAGAUGGACACCGGCGAGCACGGCGAUGAGGUCGCGUAUCUCACGGAGACCGAAUUGCAAAUUUUGCGCGAUCGCGGUCUUUCGGUGUAA